AUGUCGGCCCUAAGGAAACUAUUUAGCCCUGAGAGGCCCAUAUUUCAUCACAGCUUAGCUGACGGAGGACAGCACUCAUAUCCUCCUCUUUCUCAAGAGCCAGAUUCUCCAGAAACACGGCCAUCUCGUCUUCGCCAUAGAAGCACUCCCCAAUAUCUCGGAUUUGAAAGGGAAUUCGAGGAUCCAAACGAACAACUGGAAUCACGGCCGUCCCAAAGACGAUCCUAUUUUGGUCGUAUGUCGUCUCCUCGACGAACCAAGCGCCAUGUUGACGUGCUGGAGGCAAUCUUCUCCAAGCAGAGUCAACAUCAGGCCCCAACUGCCGUGCCGUUGACCAUCACUUCUUACAACGAAGACAUUGCUGAACGGAAUCUUGCUGGCAUCCAAGAAUGUGGAGGCGGACUGAGCCGUUAUUCUCACGUUAUAUCUGCAAUAUACCAAGAAGAUGUGGCAGAUCGAAAUAUGGUACCGUUCAGUCCUCCUAUUCUAAUUUCGCCUCCUCCAGGAGAAGAGCACACAGUGGGGAAUAGCCAGAAGCGAAUUGUGGCUAGGAAAGUGAAAAAGAGCCAGCGAGAGUCGGACUUAAGCCCAUCUGAAGAGAAGGCUGCCCUCAGAGCCAUUGCUUCUAGCCAAGAUAUCCGCAGAAACCCCCCGAGCUCUGGUAACAGAAGCAAAUUAUCGAACAGAAAACACCUGAAGGCAGAUAUCGACGAAAAUGAUUCAUUGAGGUUAAGGAAAUCUGCUCCAGACUUGUCUGUCCAACCUACUGGAGACGACAAACAGAUCCCCAAUGAAGCUCUUACAGCCAGCAAAAAAUUACCACAGGCCAGAAGAACCUGUGCUUCCUCCAACCCGGCGAAUGAGUGUGAACGGAAACAUAAACUCAAGGUACCAAAAUCGACCGAUGACGACUCCACGGCUGUGAAAGAAUCAACGUCCAAGUCUCAGACCCAAGAAAAUACAUCCAACCUUCCAAAUAAUUCAUCAAACAACUUGCUGUCGCCGAACAGUGCUCGGAGACGGUCAAAGAGAAAUGUCCGAGAUCUAUCCAUCAACACUCAGCUGGCCGCCCCUGGAAAAAAAUUUGCAAAGAUAGCAAAAAAGCAGCCCCUGAGACCCGUUGCAGCGUCUCCACGCCGAGAGGCGAGUGCAAACCUGGACGAAAUAGUAAACAGCCCGAUAGCUCUUACAAGUCCACUAAACCCGUCACCAAGGCUCACUGGCUUCACAGCUUCCGAAAUGCUGAAUCUAUUCAAGCAAGCAUACGCAUCAUCACAAACGCACGCAGCGCGCCCGACCUUCGAGUCUCUCCAGGAUGCCAUCAUCCGCGAAAUAAACAGUCACGAUGCUUUCACUCAUAUUAACCCGCAGAGCCUGAGUCCCGUCUCACCUGUUCCAUCUCUCACACCCGACCUAAGCACGAAUGGAAAACAUACUGAGAAAUUUAUCACUCGGCCGAUGACGGCCUUGUCAGUAAGCAGAAGUGUUUCUUCCAAGGAAGACAGCUUAGGAUCAAAACGAAGCUCCUAUUGUGAACAAGUGCUGAGGCCGGACUCCCAGGGGCGUGAGAUAUCGUUCCCAGCAAUCAAAGAACUGGACCCGGAGAACAGCAAUCCAGCGGUCCUCAAGAGGAGACAUUCUUGCUCUCAGUCAGUGCCCGGUCCGAGAGUACGGGUUUUUGAACCUAACAACACCCUACCCGUGAAGACCCGAUCUGUAAUAGGAAGACGACAAGAGGCAUCCACAACUGCAGGCCAGUUGUCAGACGAAUAUCAAAUCAAAGGCCCGGCUCGAAAGCCGGACUUGCAUCCGUGCCAGCAGCCAUCGAAUGGCUUCCCUCCAAAGGCAGCUUCGAACCUCUUCGAAUCACCCGAACCUGAGGCUAUGCAGCCAUCCAUAUCCCUUCACAACCGAGACGUUAUACACACCGGCACUAUAUCCCCGCCUGUAGUAUCUAUUUUCAACGACGUUGAAGAUAAACCCUAUACUACCACCGGGAGGAAACGCUCCGCAACCACGAAGUCCUCAAAACUACAUCUAUUCAUACCUGGUCGCAAAAUUGCGCGCCCGAAACAUAUUCCCAUUGUCAUUUCCGACGCUACAACCAAUAAUGUCCUCAUCAACUCUACUUCUGGUGGCACGAAGAAAUCUCAGAGUAGCCCUUUGUCUAACUCUUCUGGACGAAAACGAAUGCCCUUUCGGAUAAUUGGCACUUGA